AUGAAGUCUACAACUACCCUCACCGCAGCCGCAGUGCUGUUGGCCGCGCGUAGCGUGUCUGCCGACGUCAACUACCCUCCUCUUCCAGCGGACCUGACGACCCCGUUUCAACAGCGCUUGGCGGUUUAUGGACCUGGAGCCGUUUCUGUCGGAUGGAACACAUACGCCUCCCAGAACUCAGCUUGCGUCCAAUACGGAACAUCCAAGACCAAUCUCAACUUGAAAUCUUGCUCAACCUCUAGCUCCACAACGUACGCGAGCUCGCGCACGUAUUCCAGUGUCGUAGUCUUGUCCAACUUGGCCCCAGCAACCACUUACUACUACAAGAUUGUUUCUACAAAUUCUACCGUCGGGCACUUUCUCAGCCCCCGCAAGCCAGGUGACCACACCCCGUUCAACCUCGACGUAGUUGUUGACCUGGGUGUCUAUGGUGAUGAUGGAUACACCGCCAAAAGAGACGACAUCCCCGUCGUUCAGCCCGCGUUGAACCAUACCACCAUCGGCCGCCUCGCCACUACAGUGGAUGACUAUGAAAUCAUCUUGCACCCCGGUGAUUUCGCCUAUGCCGAUGACUGGUUCGAGAAGCCUCACAAUCUCCUCCAUGGCAAGGACGCAUACCAAGCUAUUCUCGAGCAGUUCUACGACCAACUUGCCCCUAUCGCCGGAAGGAAGCUUUACAUGGCCAGCCCUGGUAACCACGAAGCUGACUGUACCGAGAUUCCUUAUACCUCUGGAUUGUGCCCCGAAGGUCAAAAGAACUUUACCGAUUUCAUGCACCGAUUCGGAUCGACCAUGCCUAGCGCAUUUACCUCUAGCUCUCAAAACCCCUCCUUGCAAGGACUCGCUGCCAAGGCCAAGAGCCUCUCCAACCCACCUUUCUGGUACUCCUUCGAGUACGGCAUGGCUCACAUCGUCAUGUUCAACACCGAAACCGAUUUCCCCAACGCCCCUGACGGCCAGGGAGGUUCUGCUGGACUCGGCAGUGGCCCCUUCGGCGGCCCCAGCCAGCAACUCGAAUUUUUGAAAGCUGAUCUCGCCAGUGUCGACCGCGCCGUAACACCCUGGGUCAUUGUCAAUGGCCACCGUCCCUGGUACACCACCGGCGGCAGCUCAGCAGGAUGCGCACCUUGCCAAGCCGCCUUCGAGGACAUUUUCUAUAACAAUGGCGUUGACCUCGCCAUUUUCGGUCAUGUCCACAAUUCCCAACGGUUUAUGCCCGUGUACAACGGUACCGCAGACCCCAAUGGAAUGGUUGACCCCCAGGCACCAAUGUACAUUAUUGCCGGUGGUGCCGGAAACAUUGAAGGAUUGACCGCUGUGGGCAGCGUGCCAUCGUACAACGCCUUUGUGUAUGCCGAUGACUACAGCUACAGCACCCUCCGAUUUUUGGACUCGAACAACUUGCAGGUGGAUUUCAUUCGCUCCUCGACCGGAGAGGUUUUGGAUUCCAGUGUUUUGUUCAAGAGCCAUUGA